AUGGCCAAGGCAUACACGUCUUUCACUGUCAUCGGUUCCCUGACUCCCUACCCGGAGGCCCCGGCAACGAACAAGACCUGGCCAGCGGACUGGUACUGGUCGAACAUCAGUUCCUCAAACCAUAUACUUGCCAUCUGGCGCGAUACCCCAAUUGUUCCGGGGCCGGGAUACUACUUGACACUCCACUCGGACUCGCCCGUGGCCAACAUCACCACGUACGCUGUCUCCGAGCUCUUCGAGAUACCUCUGACUCCGAACCGCGGUGCUCCGGCCACCAACAAAACUUGGCCGGCUGAUCAGUAUUGGGUCGACUUCGUUGGAUACGACGCCGCCGACCCAAAGUACGACGACCCCCCUAUCGUCCCCGGAACUGGUUACUAUGUUACCUUGCGGCCGUACGACCCCAGAGAGACCAAUUUUACCAGCUUCGCGGUAUCGGAGCUCUUCGAGAUCCGUGACACGAAGAAGGGCGACCCGAGUCUUCCAGGAGGCCCAUACGGACCGGUGCACAACGCUGCUGGAAACCUUGUGCCCCACCUCAGCCUAGUGCUCUUGUCUGGUGCUAUCGGGGCGUGGUAUCUUCUGUAG